AUGGGUAUCGCCGCCUCAGGAGACCCCGAUCUUGCUUACAAAGUUGCAAAGGCCAGUGCAGAAGAAAUCUCUGCAUGCGGAGUGAACUGGAUUAUGGGACCUUGCUUGGACGUCUUGACCAACACCCGAAACCAGCCACUUGGAGUUCGCACAACUGGUGACGAUCCGAUGCAAUGCUCAGAAUACGGAGUGGCGUUCAUGAAAGGCUACCAAGAGGCUGGUAUUUGUACCAUGGGUAAGCACUUUCCAUCAUAUGGCAACCUCGAAUUCUUGGGAUCUUCCUUGGAUGUACCAACAAUUACGGAGUCUCUGGAACAGCUAAGCCUGAGUGCUCUGAUACCUUUUCGUGAUGCCAUCAAACAAGGACUCGAUUCUAUCAUGGUUGGUGGUUGUGCAAUGUCAUCAGCUGGACUAAAUGUCAUGCACGCUUGUCUCUCAGAUCGAGUUGUUGAUGGGUUGUUGAGGAGGGAACUUGGCUUUGACGGUGUUGUCGUUAGUGAAUGUCUUGAGAUGGACUCGCUAUGUCAAAACAUCGGUGUCAAUGGUGGGACUGUCAUGGCCGCGAACGCUGGUUGUGAUAUCCUCUUACUAUGCAGAUCGUUCCAACACCAACUGGAGGCUAUCAGCGGCUUCAAACUUGGCCUGGAAAAUUCCAUGAUCACCACGGAUAGAGUUCGUCGGUCUCUAAACAGAGUACUAGCAAUGAAGUCAAGAUGUACAUCCUGGGAGAAGGCCUUGAACCCACCAGGCAUCAACCUCUUGUCGAGACUCCAGCCAUCGCAUACGAGCCUUUCGACCAAGGCAUACAACUCAAGCAUCACAGUCGUGAGAGACCAGAAUGGCUUCCUACCUUUAACAAACAUCAUUGAGCCGGAAGAGGAGCUGCUCCUCCUGACGCCACUGGUGAAACCCCUCGCUGCAUCUGCAGCUUCACGUGAACUAUCAACACAUACUUCUGUCGACUCGCCUGAGCCUCAAUGGGAGCGAGGCAAUCCGGGUCUGAGUGGUGAGAGAGUGUUUCGAGAGCUCGGCAGAUCUUUAGCUCGUCAACGGACCGGCAGAGUACUCCACACCAGCUACACAGCUAACGGCGUACGACCUCAGCACGAAAGCCUGAUCAAUCGAGCAAGUGCAGUCAUUGUCGUGACAGCGGAUGCCAACAGAAACAUGUACCAAAACGGAUUCACGAAACACGUUUCGAUGAUCUGUAAUAUGCAGUACACGGCUGGCGGUGAAAAGAAGAUUAAGCCUCUGAUCGUUGUGGCGGUCAGUUCGCCUUACGACUUCUCCACGGACACGUCGAUUGGGACAUACGUCUGCACGUAUGAUUUUACUGAGACCGCACUGGUGUCACUGGUCAAGGUGUUGCACGGAGAUAUCACACCGACCGGUUCACUGCCUGGUACAAUCAGCCGCAGCGAAAAGCUUACACAGUCAAAGACACACUGGCUAGUGGAAACAUUCAAUGAGGAACGAGAUGCACUAGCCUUGGAUACUCUGAUCAAAGAAAUUAUCGAAUGGUCGGCACCGAAUCAACGUUCAGAGCUCAGAGGGGCAACUUCAAAUUCGUUCCUCCUUCGUCAACAAAAUGUUCUAGAGACGCAUUUUGUCGUUCGCAACAGCAGUACCUCCGCUCUGUAUGGAUUCUGCUCAACUUACUUCUUCAAAUCCACCGGUACUGGAGCAAUCGGUGCCCUCUUCGUCGAUCCCGGCAGACGCAAACUCUCUAUUGGACAAAGUCUGCACGACCGCGCUAUUCGCACUCUAUUACAAAGAGAAGGUAUCAAGCGCUUCCAACUAGGCUCCAGACUUCCGAGCAUAUACCUUGGUAUCCCUUCUGACCACAGCUCCGAGCGCAAACGUCUACGCUCCUGGUUCGCAAACGUCGGCUGGAACACAGCGCUUUCUCGUCCUGUUUGCAGUAUGGUGAUGCGAAAUCUACAAUCCUGGUCUCCACCAGAAGGAAUGGCACAAUCUCUGCAAAGCGCAGGUGCAGAGUUCGACUUAAUCCGGGGAUGGGAGCACUCACGAGCAAUAUUCGACCACAUAAAAACCAACAACCGCCAAGGGUUGGCCGAAGUCUACAAACUCGCCCUCUCAGACCCGAAUUCCUGUGGUAUCGUCCGCGCCAUACGUCCAGAGGAUGGCAGCAUAGUGGGUACAGUAAUUCUCUACACCGCUUCGUCUUCUCUUGCCGAAUUUAUCCCUGCUCUCAAAGACGAAGGUUCCGAGUUUGACGCGACCGUCAGUGGUGGCGUCAGUUCUCCUGUUAUAUCACCUUCAGCAGGCGAGUACGCCACCAUCUUGCAGAGUUUGAUCUUGUUGGGUGUCAAGCAAGUCAAGAAACAAGGAUGCGCAUCUUGUGUACUGGACUAUAUGGAUGGAGAUGGCAACUUCGAUGGACUUUCGGUUAUGGGAUUCUCUACUAUGCAUACGUUUGAGGAGGUCAGUUGCGAUGCCGCGACUAUUUCUAGGAAGUAA